UUCCAAAGAUGCUCCCACAUGGUGUGUGCAUGCUGCCUAAAAUCCUCCAACGCAUUUGUUGUUGAUGAAGAUGAUUCAAAAAUAACAGUUUUCGCUUGUCCUGAGUGUGUUAGGUGUUUUAGAGAAUUCUCAUCUUGGACAACGCCACAAACUUUGAUAAAUACCUUGGCCGAAGUUUUUUAUUGCAUGCAAUGCUGUAAACAAGAGGCACACUACCGAGGGAAAUGUGGACAUUUGUUCUGUCUCCAAUGUCUCCAAAGAAUAGAUUCUAAAAGCAAUCAAAGAACAUGUAAUGUACUAGGUUGCACAACAAUAAUCAGCAAUACAGAAGUCGAUGCAUGUUAUAAGGAGAUUCAAGCCAUAGAGAUGUGGAAAUCGUUGGAACUUCCAAAGAUACAAGAAUGCCAAUUUCCUUGCAAGCAAAAGGUAGUCCUUGCUUUGAAACCUUGCGGACAUGGAUUCUGUUACUCAUGUAUACAAACGAAGCUGAAAAAUAAUAUCGAGACCAGGCAUACUCUUUCUGGCAAGAAAGUGUUUCGAUGUACGGGGACUCUAUGCCAAACAACAAUCAAGGAAAGCAUUUUAGAGGACUAUCUGUAUAAUUUAUCUCGUUCUGUCCUAUCGGUAACAUUUAUCCUCGAAAUAUCGACUAAAGAAUGCUUCAAAUGUAAAAAUAAUAGCAAAUCUGAGGCAGGUCUGACUAAUAUUUAUGUUUUUUAA